CUCCCCACUCCUCCUCUUUCCACCGAUGACGCAUCCUCUCGCCAUCGAUCCGAACGCAAUCAGGGACGUAAGAACCAGAUUUAUUUGGACCCUCGUUUAACUAUUUGCUAUAUUUUUUAACAAGUAUAGUUAUGCAACAUUUAUUUCAAAACCAUUUAUUUCAAAAUACAUGCUUCUGCAUAAUGUAGCUGUUUACAGAUUUCGCUAAUGAUAAAUCUCUCUUUUCCGACAAUGAGAUACAUUCCGUUUAAAGAGGUUUACUUUCUAUUUAAACACUAAAAAAUCUUGAUAAACAAAUUCAGUUCAACAAGAUUUCAUUAGAUAUUAAUUUAAAAAAUGUUCAAUAUUUAACAGCUUUAGGAAAAAUACAUAAUAAGACAUCAAUUCUGAAUAGUAAUUGAAAUAUAUGCGUGAAUUAGUCUUUACUAAUUGGUCCUAACACUCAUCGCGUGCUACUUUUACAAGCGAUUCAACAAUCGAGUUUAGCCAAAGCAAAAGGUGAGGUUGGAGCUGAAUCAAGUUCGCGAGUUGUUGCUGUUUACAUUCAUGAAUGAAACUCAUUCAGCUAGCGUUCUAUGAAGACACUCGCAUUCCCAUUCGCGUAGGAAACGAUCACGGGAUCAAAAUCGAGCGUCCGCUGAAGAUAUCAUUUUACAUCCAGCCACACAAUCGCCAUGUGGACGUCGCGGUCGCGUGAAAUCACUCCUGGGCGCACCGAGACUGACGAUCACGCGCUUGGGUCGCGGGGGCGCCGGGGGCGCGUCGGACGGGCCUGAGCGACGCCACGCGAUUGGUCGGCGACGGUCGCGCGUCCCGAGAUGCCUCGCGCGUGAAUCGGGCCUCCGUGGCUGCGCGCGACGACGCUCUCUUCCUUCUCCGUUCGGCGGUCGAGUGGUACGGCGGUGUAUUCGGGCAAUCGGCGAGGUCGCUCGAGUGUAUCGCGCUCCCGUGGUUGUGCACUGCGCCGUAAGUCGCGUCCUGUAAUUACGCGUCGACAGAUAAAUUGGGCGCGAUGGCCGAUCAGGAGAGCAAGGACUUCAGCGAGGACAUCGCGGAGCAGAACUUCGCGGAGCAGAACGGCGAGGCCGAGAACAACGGCGAGAACAGCAGCGUCGCGGAGAACAACCAAGAGUCUCAGGAAGACAGGAAAUUAUUCGUCGGCGGUUUAAGCUGGGAAACGACGGACAAGGAAUUGCGAGAGCAUUUCAGUGCGUAUGGCGAUAUUGAGAGCAUCAAUGUCAAGACAGAUCCGAAUACAGGGCGAUCGAGAGGAUUCGCCUUUAUCGUCUUCGCCAAGGCCGAAUCUCUCGACAAGAUUAUGGCCGCUGGUGACCAUGUUAUCAACAACAAAAAAGUUGAUCCUAAAAAGGCGAAAGCCAGACAUGGGAAGAUAUUCGUCGGCGGGCUUUCGACUGAACUCUCUGACGACGAUAUCAAGAAUUUCUUCUCACAAUUUGGAACAAUCGUUGAGGUAGAGAUGCCGUUUGAUAAAACCAAAAACCAGAGGAAAGGAUUCUGCUUCAUCACUUUCGAAUCCGAGCAAGUAGUCAAUGAGUUAUUGAAGACUUCAAAACAAACGAUAAAUGGUAAAGAGGUCGACGUGAAGAAAGCAACGCCCAAACCUGACGGAAUGAUUGGUAUGCGCGGUGGACCUGGUGGUCGUGGCGGUCGUGGCGGCAGGGGUGGUCGAGGCCGUGGUUUCGGUCAAGGCGGGUGGGGCCAGGGCGGUUAUGGCGGCGGUUACGGCGGCGGCUACGGCCAGGGAGGAUACGGCGGCGGUUAUGAUGGAUACGGCGGAUACGAUUAUUACGGUGGUGAUGGAUACAACUAUGGCGGUGGUAAUUACGACGGUGGCUACAGUGGCGGGCGCGGUGGCGCACGCGGUAAAGGUAUCGCAAGCCGCGGUUUCCGUUUACAAUCACAAUAUUACAACUCGUCCAAUCAUUCCAUUCAAUAUACAUCAACAUCGGCCAGCAUUAAAAAAAACAGGACUCGAAUAGCAUAAAAAUUUACAGAAAUCGUAUUCCAAUAUUUUGUUGAUUUUGUUUUUGUAUAUACAAUACGCGCUUGCUUUUUUCAACUCACACAAAAACAUUUACAUGUGCGUGUGCACACGCAUCGUGUAUCGUGAAUACGUAUAGUGGUAGAUUAUUUUAAUUUUUUUUGUACAAGAUGACACGGCGGAAAAAGAAAAACCAUCGUAUAUGGGUGAGCAGGCGAUGUAUCUUUUACAUAGCAUGCGCAAAAAAAACAAAUCGAGCUGUUUAUAACGACCGUGUGAAAUAAUACAAAGGAUUACUUCUUCCUUAUUAGUAAGAUAUAAUAAUAGGAUUAAAUAAAUUCGUUUUGUGUACAUAAUAUAUCUCUCAUAUAUAUACAUUUGUAGUUUUGCUCUGUGACCUCCUAUUAUGGCAACUUAAUACUUUUUCUUUUUAUUAAACACGACAUGUACACAAGAUUUGUCUGAAAAACGUAGAGAUCAUCAUUUAUACACUAGAUUUGAAUAAAAGACUGACACACGCAUAAAGAGGAAUUUAUCAGACUUAUUAAUAGAAUUGAUGCUCCACCGAUUCCGUCGUAACACACGCGUAUGCAAGCUCGGCAUUGCAAACUCGCUAUUACACAUUUAGCAUGUGCUACAGCAGGAUCCUGCUCGAUUAUAGAGAACCAACGUAUAUACAUUAUAUUUAUAUACCGACAAGUUCAUUCUAAUACGGCGAGAAGAUGUCACAAUAAAAUUUUUAAAGUACAACAGACGAUAUUGUAUCGAGCAUACAAUAUUGGAAUCAUGUAUUUUUGUCCGAGUACAUACUGUUCUGAUCUUAUGUCACUGAAGUAUUACAUAAUAUAACUUUAAAGAGUGA